CUUUCACUCUCACCUUCUCUUUAUAUAUAUAGAACCACCAAUAUUUUCAUUACCUUCAUCACCAUCACACCGGCGGCCACCAUCAUCCUCCUUGACGAGAGAGGUUGGCUUUAUUUAAAAGUGAUCCAUACUCUCAAAUCAGUCCAAUCGGUAAACACAGAGAGAGUACAAAUAGAAGGAAGGAUCGAUGGGGAGGGCUCCUUGCUGCGACAAAGCCAACGUGAAGAAAGGGCCAUGGUCGCCCGAGGAAGACGCCAAACUCAAAGCUUACAUCGAGCAGCACGGCACCGGCGGCAACUGGAUAGCGCUUCCUCAAAAGAUAGGACUUAAGAGAUGUGGGAAAAGCUGUCGUCUCAGAUGGUUGAAUUAUCUUCGCCCCAACCUCAAGCAUGGGAGUUUCUCAGAAGAAGAAGACAACAUAAUUUGCAGCCUCUAUGUUAGUAUUGGAAGCAGGUGGUCUAUAAUAGCGGCGCAAUUACCAGGGAGAACCGACAAUGAUAUAAAGAACUACUGGAACACCAGGCUGAAGAAGAAGCUACUGGGGAAGCAGCGUAGGCAACAAGAAGCCCAAGCUCGCCGAGCUAACACGCUUAAGCAAGAACUUAAGAGACAGACUAAUAAUUUGGUGCUGAUGAACCAAGCUCCUUCUUUGUCUGUGCAUCAGCCCUCUGCAAGUGCUUCGAUCCAAGAGUCCUACGAUCUCAACAAUAAUCUAAGAAACCUUUUAACUAAACUAGGUGGAAACUUCUCCCCUGAUGAUCAUAUCCCUCAAUACCCAUAUGAAUGUGACCCUUUCUUCUUCCCCCAAGACCAGCUAUAUCCAGUUCCAAACUCAGUGAUAAACGAUUGCAGUACUUCGAACGUCUUUGAAGGAUUUCAAAUUGAAAACUUGCCGAGUAAUGAUUUGAGCCAGAUGGGCUGUGUGAACACUACUACGCAGCAAAUGGAUGGAUUUCAGAGUUGCAGUGGAGUAAUGGAGUCGUCUACGGCCACCACUUCAACGGAAAGUACCAGUUGGGCAGACAUGAGCUCUCUGCUUAAUUACUCUCCGAACAUGGUUUCCGAAUACCAAGAAAUAAUGUUGCCUCAAGAUGUUGCUUUCGAGGAUUCUGCCUACUUUGGACACAAUAAUAACUUCUCUGUACAUGGGAUGGUCUGAAUUUUGUAGUGCUCCUCGCACAAAACCUUAACGAUCGAUUUCACUUUCACCCUUGUACGUGAUUCCAUUAUCUUAGUUGUUAGCUUUGCUUUUUCGUUA